AUGUACCGCCAGUCCUUCGCACCGCCGCCCGCGCACUCGCCUCCGCUUCACCAUCCUGUACCGCAGCAUGUUUCUACGGUCCCCAUGAUGCGCUCACCACCUCCACCAGCUCCUCAGCAGCCUCAGACAUCCGGCUAUGGCAAUCCAUACCAACCAGCUCCCGCGCAGGGGGGCAGUGGGACAUACGCUCCUGGCUUUGGUGGGUUUAUGAAUGAGCCCACAGCACAGAUGGGAUUCCAAGUUGGCAAGACUGCGAUGGCUGCUGGACAGGAAUAUAUGGAACAGAACAUCAAUCGCUAUGUCUCUAUACCUGCUCUUAAACACUACUUCAACGUUUCCAACUCCUACGUUUUGAACAAACUCGGCCUCGUGCUCUUCCCCUGGCGGCACAAGCCAUGGUCUCGCCAACAAGCACGACUCACGUCUACAUCCACUGGCCCUGAUGGCCAGGUAUCGCAGCAGCAAUACUCAUCUAUGUUCCUGCCGCCUCGUGAUGACCUCAAUUCGCCGGAUAUGUACAUUCCAGUCAUGGCCCUCCUCACAUACAUUCUCUUGUCAGUGAUGCUGGCAGGUUUCCGCGGGCACUUCCAUCCGGAGCUUCUUGGGUCGGUCACUACCACAGCCAUUGCAGUUAUCGUAUUUGAGAUGCUAUGUCUGAAGACGGCCAUGUAUAUCCUCACCAUCAACAAUGAGUCCCAGCUCUUGGAUCUUGUGGCCUACUCUGGCUACAAAUUCGUUGGUAUCAUUGCAACGCUUGUGUCCUCUGAGAUUCUAACCCCGGGAAGAGGAACCGGUGGUUGGGUUGGCUGGAUUGUAUUUACUUACACUUUCCUUGCCAAUGCUUUCUUUCUGCUUCGUUCUUUGAAGUAUGUUCUGCUUCCUGAUUCGACUAGCGAUGCUUCCAUGCGCUCCGGCUCAAUGCACACUGUUGCUCGCUCGCAGCGCAAUCGCCGUACCCAGUUCCUCUUCGUCUACGCGUACAUCAUUCAGUUCAUCUUUAUGUGGGUUCUUAGUCGUGAAGGACCAUCUUCGGUAGCGUCUUCGAAAGCAUCUGGGUCCCUAUAAUAGUCUCACGGGGCCGUCCGGGAUACAUGACGAUAUAGACGGUACUCAUGAAAGCAGAAGCAAAAGAUGUGGAGUUUCACCUCGCGUAUCAACUCUAGCAUAUUGCUCUUAUCGCAAACACAAUAUAUGGGGGAUGUUUGAUAAAUAUCAUAACGCGUUUCUCGUUUUAUGAUCCGGUGCUUGGAUGGGAUGAAUUUUGUUCUGAUAUCAAAAAUGCCUUGAAUAUUAUCAUGAUUAUGUCGCAUGCCACGUCACAUCGCGAUUUGUAUAUAGCUCCGACAGGCAAUAGACUCUCAUUUACUUCUAUUCUUCUUAUUCUA